AUGCCACCCCGCUCCUCAUCCUCCCCGAGGGUCCCCCCCGAACCACCCCCAGCACCCUCGGCCUCAACACGAGCGUCGGCGGAGGUGGAUGGUUGCCCUGGAAACGGGGUGCGUCGCGAUUCUUGCCCUGGCGGCUUCGAUUGCCCGGAGGCUGCGAUCGCUUACAAUGUAGAACGUCAUGCUUAUGACACAAUCGUUGUGAGGCACUUGGAUAAAGUUUCACGUAGAAUUCGAAAUGUUAUACUUGUAAGAAAAGCUAAAAGUGCUAAGAUAGCGCUACACAUAGGGUUGUCGCCGCUGAAGUUGUGCUCGUCCAUGGAGCCGCCGGCGUUGGCGAUGUCCCGCUCCGCGCCGACACCCCUGACCUGCCAAUUGGACAGAUCGCAGGGGCCCUCCAGUCGGGGGCUCCCCGCGCGGCCGCAGCCCUCGUACCGUUCGCACUGUCCCACGUCA